ACAGGUGGACUGAAAGGUCGCAUAGCGAUUACUCAUAACGUCGACGUUGUCGUCGCGUAGCUUCCUAUUUUUUCGAAGCAAAACCUAUCGAAUUUUUAAAUUCGUCUCUUCGUCGACCUCGAUACGUUUCCGGUUUGCGUGUCUAGCGAAAUCGAACGAAACGUUUUCUUUCCUCUUUCUCUCUCUCUUUCUCUCUCUCUCUCUCUCUCUCUCUGAAAAUCGAAUCGUCGAUCGACCCGAUUUUUCGUUUACUUUACCCAAGCCAGACGUAAUUGCAAGACGACGGUAAUCGUGGGAGCGAAUUGGUGUAUGCGUAGCUGGUCAAAGUCGCGGCAUCGCGUCGCACGCGAACGUCGAGCGCGUAAAGAAGCCACGACGGACAUUCGAAGUACGAAGGUUUGAAGGCAUCGCGAUCAAUCUCUGGUCGCAACGUUGUUUGCGUUUUAGUCGACGGUACGGGCUAGGCAACUAUCGCGUCCGUGAAGGAACGCAGAUUUUAUCCGGGCAUGUCCGUCGCGAUUCCAUCGAUCAACCGUCGAUUUUCCAUUUCCAGAGUAUCGUUCUAGGAUAAUCGCGGCAUUUCGAGCGAAUCGGGUGAUCAGCGAAUAUAGGAAAGGUACGAGAUCCGACUGAAAAAGGUUCCGUUCGGUUUUCUGCGGGAAAAGAUCGGGAGAGCGGAAUUGAUCGGGCGACGGUCGUGAACGCGAAUCGUGAUCGUCGACGGACGUCGCCGCGGGGUACAUACUCGUAAUUGAACGGCAACGCGAUGAGGGUAAUCCGAUUUCGUUGGUACUUUGACGCGAAGCUGCUGCUGCUGCUACUGCUACCGUUCUUGUGCGUUUCGAGGAGCUCGCACCCCGCUUCAUCCCCAGCGAAUGCCGAACCUCUUCUGAUAAGACCGCUUCACGUGUACGAGAGCUUGAUCAAGGGUGUACACGAUUACUUCAACAAUACUUGCGUGAUACUUUUCCACGGCUCGAGGAAUUCGGUAGAGAGCGAAGGAUUGGAAGAAAUGGACGGAUUGUUGACGCUUCAAAGGUACUUGAGCGGUUCUUUGAGCAUUCGGACCGCGGUCAUGGAUUUUCGCAUGUUCAAGAGUCGGUUAGGGAACACCUAUCAUCGUAUCAAGAGGCCGUUGUUCGUGUUGCUGAACGAUCUCGACGAGAUCAAGCGGCAGUUCGUUCUGGUUUCCAAAUGGAUCACGAUGGCUUACCCGACGUGGCUGGUAUUUCUGAGAGACGACACGAAAAUCGAGGAGUUUUUGUCCAACAUCUACGUACCGUUCGACUGCGUCCUGAUGGUGACUCAAAGGGACGCGGAUGGGACCGGAGAGAUCGUGCAAGACGUGUAUCGAAUCGACAAGGAGGAUGGUCUGAGGUCGAUGAAUUUCGGCUGGUGGAACGCGUCGAAGGGAUUCCACGGGCCGCUACUCGGUUUGUAUCAACGCAGGCACGAUCUACAAGGGCGCAACAUACGGGUUGUCUCCAUUCACGAUCCUCCGGUUUCAAGGAUUUUUCGCGACCAGACAGACCAGACAGACCGGACAUUCGGAAUCGGCGGUUUCUUCGGCGAGGUGAUUCACCUAUUGCAAGAGGGGAUGAACUGCACGUUUACCUACGCGGAGGCCGGUUCGUGGGGCGUGCGACUGCCGAACGGCAAAUGGACGGGUUUGAUCAGGAUGCUGGUAGAGGGUGAGGCUGAUCUCGCGGCUGCCGAGCUGAUGAUGACGUCCGACAGGUUGGACGCCGUAAGAUUUACCACGCCCAUUUAUUCGACCAAAUGCCGCGUGUACAUCAGGCGACCGGACACGACAGCCGUGAAAUGGAACGCGUACCUGGCGCCGUUCGCGUUCAACGUUUGGAACGCGAUCGCGCUGACGAUCGUGAUCGUGGAUCUAACGAUCGUCGGGAUCGACGCGUUUUCCAGAAGAUUAGAUCCGUUUUCGCUGGAUUCUAGAUUCUCCCCGGCCAAGCUCUUCGGUAUCGCGUUCUUCGUGUUUGGCGCGUUUUGCGGACAAGGUAUGGAACCGUCUACUUUGGAUCCGAUACGCUUGGUGCAUCUGAGCGUUCACUUGACGGCGGUGGUGGUGCUCGCGGCUUACUCGGCGGCGUUGAUCAGUUACCUGGCCAUCGACACGUUCGCGAUGCCGUUCACCACGAUGGAGGGUUUGCUAGAGGACGGUACAUAUCGAUUCGCGGUCGUCUCCGAUUCGGCCGACUACGAUUUCUUUCAGAAUACCACGGACACCGUGCUCUCGGUCAUGUUCGAGGAGUUGCUGACCAGGGAGACCGACUUGCCGAAGAAUUACCUCGAAGGAUUGAAUCGCGUUUGCCGCAAGAAGAAAUACGCAUUCAUGACGCUGGACAAUACCGUCUCGGUGUUGCAAGGAAAAGUCGGGUGCGCCCUCGAACCUCUGGACGUGAUGAUGCAAACGACGAUAGCCAUGGCGGUGCCGGCGCAAAGCCCUUAUCGCGGCAUCAUCGACAGCAACAUUCUGCUGCUUCGGGACAGUGGAAUUCUCCAGCGACUGCAAGCGAUCGAAUGGUCGAGCAACGUGUAUCGGGCGACAUCGGGUUGGAGCUCGGUAGAGUUAGAAGAUGCUGUGCCGCUACUCUUAUUCCUGCUGUCGGCUUUCCUCGUCACUUGCCUGGUGUUGCUGGUGGAACGAUUGGUCGAUCGGCAUCGGGAGCGGCGACUGGCGGCAAACUCGCAGUUCGAAUCGAAAGCGAACGUUCCGCGAACGUUUGCUCCGAUCGGUUGUACGCGAAAAUAAACAAACGAU